UCUAUAUUUCAUCACAAAGUGAGCCUUGAUCGUUGUAUAUAUACGAUAUUUAUCAAUAUCAAUCAUAUACCCAUAUUCUAUAUUUCAUAAAUAUAUAUUUCAACUUUUUUUCAAUACAAUGGUUUAUUGGAUUUUUAAAAUACGUACAAUUAAAAGGUUGCACAUUGACAAUAGCUCCUGUUGAUGUUGUUAAUCCGCGAGAAAUACUUGGUGCUUCAAAACAUUUAUGGAUUUAUAUAUAAAACAAUAAAAAUAUAUAUAUACUUAUCAUAACAAAAAAUAUCUGAAAUAAAAGGAUUUUCUACUCUGCUUUAAUAAAAUAAUUAUUUUUUUGGGUUAUAUGCUACAUACUUACUAACAAAAUGCAAUGGGCAUAUUUCUUAGCUGGUUUUGUGCCAUUCAUCAUCCUUGAUAUUUGGUAUAUGGGAAUAAUCACAUUAUGGACUUUAAAAAUAUUUAUUAUUCUUUAUAUAAUUAUAUUUGGUAUUUGUCCGUUUAUAUUUCAUUACUCAUAUAACUUCCAACGUAAAAUACUUUUUUUGAAUUUCGUACACUGGCCCCCUAGUCUAGACUUUAAUAAACCCGAAACAAUCGGAUUGGAAGGUGUAAGAAAUUUUUAUUUACACACUGAUGAAAAUGUUAAAAUUGGAGCAUGGCAAAUGUUACCUCGAUCUUUACUCAAUGACACUACGAUACUCAAUGAUGAAUAUUUUGAAGCAACCUUAGCAAAUGCAAGUAAACCAGUAUUUUUAUAUAUGCAUGGUAAUAGUGGAAACAGAGGAAGUAGUCAUAGAAUUGAAUUAUACAAAGUAUUUCAAGACCUAGAUUAUCAUGUAAUUGCUUUCGAUUAUCGAAGCUACGGUGACAGUGACCCUGCUGAUUUAUCAGAACUUGGUGUUGUUACUGACAGUAAAUAUGUAGUACAAUGGCUUAUAAAUAAAGUAAAUAACAGCGCACCUAUUUUUGUAUGGGGUCAUUCACUUGGAACUGGAGUAUCAAGUCAUGCAUUGGCUUUAUUAGCUGCUGAAAAUAUACAUCCUACAGGAUUAUUUUUAGAAUCUCCUUUUAAUAAUAUAGCUGAUGAGUUACGUUGUCAUCCUUUUGCUCAAGUUUUUAAACAUCUACCAUGGUUUGAUUGGAUAAUUGUGCAGCCAUUUUAUGGAAAUAAUUUGAGAUUUGAGUCUGAUAAACAUACUGCUAAUAUAAAAUGCCCUAUUAUGAUAUUACACGCUGAAGAUGAUAGUGUUGUACCAUUUAAUCUAGGUGAAAAGCUUUAUGAAGAAACUUUAAAAUCACAUGGAAAUGAUACCGAACAAAUUCAAAUGGUUAGGAUAAAUGCUUCGUUAGAGCUUGGUCAUAAAUAUAUAUGUCGAUAUAAACCAUUACCAUCAAUUAUAGAGCAUUUUGUUUUACAAUGUCAAAAGAAUAAAAUUCAAUGAAAUGCUUUGAAAAAUUUAGCAUCGUAUUUGUGUCCAUCAAGUCCAAAGAACCUGGUGGUAUCGUCCAAUUUUAUAUUUUGAGUGACUUAAAUAAAGUAAAAAAAUUAUUUUUUUCAGUAGAAAUACUUAGAAAAAAAGACAGUUGAGAUUAGAAAAUUAUAUUUUUUUUAGGUAAUAUUUAUUAAUAGUAUAUUGUGUGGCAAGAGGUGAAGCACAAUAAUUUUAGAUGAGGGUGAGAUUGGCUGCUCGAGAUGAAGGCAAGCGAGGGCUGCCACCACAUGAAGUUUUCAAUUGUGUUUUAUCUCAUGUCACACACAUAAUUUUUUAUCAUUAUCUGAAUUGAAACUUAGAGUUUAAGUGUUUGGAACCAGUUAAAAUGAGACAAUUUAAAGACAUUUUUGAACAGUGCCCCCCACUUUUUAAAAAUAUUCAAUGACUUCCAACUGUAAUAACAGUAUUCAAAUUUUACUAAUUAAUUAAAAAAAAAUAAAGCAUUAAUUGAGAAAAGAAUAACGUAGUUACAAUUUCUCCGAGACAUAGAUUUAAAACAAAAAUUACUUAAAGUUGUUAUCAAUUGGGAGUUGAACGAAAUUCGGUAAAUAAAUUUCAGUAAAAUUUGCAUCUCAAUAUUAUGUAGUUAACAGGGGUUCGUACUUCUUUCUCUAUUACACUCAAGUCCACGAACGGUACUAUCUUUGUUGCACUUGUGCAGUAAAUGGAAGCUUUGGCCGAGUUUUUCUCUUAAACAAACGAAUAUUGUCAAACAAUUUAAGCGCACUUCGCUAGAUUAGACAGUAGUGCAUCAAUGUGCGGUCUGUAUUUUGUAUUUAGAGAUUUUGUUUCCGAAAAAAAACUCAGCCGAAAAUAUCUGACAACCCCUGUCAAGCCCGUAAAAGAAUGAUCUUUUCUCCCACUAUUUUUUUACAUGCAAUUAAGUAAUUACUGCGCAUGCGCGUUAAUAGGGUGAAAUUAUGGCGAUUCACGGUGAAUCGCUGUGAAUCAACGUGAUUCCCAGUGAUAUCAGCGUAAGAUUACGGUGAGCCUUCACCGUGAUAUCACGGUGAUUUCUCAUAGUGAUUUACGGUGAGACACGGUAAAAUUUUCGUGAGCUACCAUGAUGAUUCUCGGUGAUUUCUUCUGGUGAUUCGAGGUAAAAUCAGGAUAGAAUCACGGUGAUGUUUAAUAAUUGAGCAAUGGAGAUUUACCGUGAUUUACUAUUGGGAGAUUAAGUAAAUAUUGGGAAGGGGAAAGACACCGGUGCUAGGCAGCAGCAGCGGGAGUAGUUCAGUGCUCGCCACGAGACAGCGCCUAGCUGCUUGAGGUGUCCCUGGUACAAAAUUCAUUCUAGCUGACAUAUUCCAAACUUGAGAGCAAUUCUGACACGGAUACUCCUCUGUUAUUCGACAGAGUAAAAAAUACCUUUUUUCAUGGUAAUAUAGUAUAUUCUAUAAUAUAUUAUGACAAUACUAUUUAUUAUUAAUGUCUCCAAGAAUAAUUUUUCUUUGAAAUUGGCCUUGCAUAGCCCGAAAAAUUAUUUAUCCGACCCGAGACGUCAAUUUUUUGGAAAGAGAUUUCAUUUCUUAGACUAGUAAUAAUAAUAGACUCACAGUAAUAGUAAAGGUAAUACAUCACGGUGAUUCACAGUCACAUCGCAGGGAGCUCUCAUUGUGAUUUACUGUAGAUCCAAACCACUAGAGGGCGAUUCACGGUGAUUCUCCGUGAUACACCGUGAUUCAUGGUACUUCACCGGGAUUCACGGUAAUUCGUGGUAAAUCAACGUGAAUCAGGACCGCCAAAUUGCAUUUUAACUCCUAAUUGAUAACAACUUUAAAUAAUUUUUUUCUAAAUCUAUAUCUCGGAUAAAUUGUAACUACGUGGUCUUUUUUUCAAUUAAUGCUUCAACUUUUUUUUAAUUGAUUGAUAAAAUUUUAAUACGGUUAUCAUUACUUGCAUUGAAAUCAAGAAGUAUCAGUGCUGCAGCCAGUUAGGGAUAAAUUAAUUUAAGGCUAAUGAUGCAGACAACUAUUAGCGUGACUUGUAAUUUUCAAUUUACAGUUGAAUAGAAACGAAAAAAAAAGGACCGGACAAAAAGAUGCUUUACUGAAGGUAUUGCAAUUAAUAUUCGUGGCAUUGGCCAGAAAUGAUCUUAUUUAGAUUGGCUGUAGAAACACUGAAACUUGAAGUUUUAAUGCCGGUAUCAUGAAAAUUCAUUUAGCUUGCAGAAAACUAGAAAAAUAGAUUGUCGAUUUUAAACUCCUUAAGUCGCAUUGAUUUAUUUCGACUGAUUAAACAGGCAUUGAAGCUCAAAGUUUCAAGCCAGACGAUAUGAAAAAAAGUAUUGCACACCUAGGGAAGAAAGUAGGACAUUCCAACCCGUAUGUGUAAUUGCCCACCCGAGCCCCAUCCAAGGUGUGCAUAGUAUUUUUUACCAUAUCUGCAACGGAAACUUCAAAUUUCUAUCAUUGUUUGAAGAAAGAUUGGCAUAUGUUCGUACUUAAAUUAUUUACUUUUCCAUAUGAGAAAAAUCCAAUUUCCUUCUUGCUAAACAGAACAGAAACUUGAACUUUCUGCACAAAUGUGGUAAAAAAAUUAUUAAUUAUUUUAAAAGGUUGAUUAAUAUGUGAUCAAUAAAAAUAUCAAAUAGAAAUUAACAAUCAAAUACUUGGCUCUCUUGGUGUUCAAUAGAUAUUAACCGAAUUAAAUUUUAUUUAUAAAUUUAUUGAAUAUAUUUGAUAAAUAUUUUUUGAUUGGAGUCUGAAGUAUCCCUAGCCGAAAUUUUUCGGACUUUUCUCUGAAAAACUCUGAAAAAGUGUUUAGAACUUUAGAACUGAGUUUUUCAAAGAAAAUUCCGAAAAAUUUCCACUAGGGAUUGUAUUAAUAAUAGUAUCUGUAUUCAAUAUAUGGUAUAUUAAUCCUCAUCAUGAAAUUAUUACAAUUAAUGUAUAGUUUAAUAUAUUAUAUUUAAAAUUGUAUUUAUAAUAAAGUGUGUCUUGGAGUCGCAAAAAAAUUUUAUUCAAUAA